AUGCUGACCCGUACUUUGUAGUUUGCGCAUGCGUGCUUCUCAGUCCGUCAGAGAGCAGCAGCCUGUAAACAUGGCUGGUGUAGGCUUCCGACGGUGGGCCCAACUCCUUUCUGAAAGGAAGGGCUCUGGCAUUCCAGCCCUUUUUCCGGGCGCCAGGGCAGGUCAGUUGUGUCGACGAAUUAAAAUAAACCUUCUGAAGAAUUUAUCUGAAUAAGCAUGUCAGAAUUUGAAAGAAAAAGCUUCGUAUUCGCAUAACCUUGACAUGCUAACGUUAGCUCAUGCUACCGCUGUUUUGAACGAGUGAAGGCUAGCAGCUCAACUUUGAACUGCCCUCAUCUGUCCUCAUUCGUUUGUGCAUAUGAGUCGUAUAAAUGUGUAUUUGUUAGAUUAACAAGAAUGUUAAUGUUGGUGUUUUAGCCGCUGGUCUGGCAAAGGAUGGCUUACCCGGUUCUUUUCCUAAGACCCCUGAGGAGAAAGCUGCAGCUGCAAAGAAGUACAACAUGAGAGUGGAGGACUAUGAACCAUAUCCAGACAACGGCGAAGGGUGAGCAUUACCCUCUGAAAACAGACUAUUCAUAAUAACCUGGUUCAAACUGUUCUGUAUUUCUAUGGUUAAUUAAGUAAGGUUAAAUUAAUUCAUCAUUUGGCAUUAGUUUUACAAUAGAGAGCAGUUAAAGACCUGCAUAAAUCAGUGCCAUCCUUUAAUUUCUGCAGCUUUGGUGAUUAUCCAAAGUUACCAGAUAAAUCCCAGCAAGAAAGAGACCCCUGGUACCAGUGGGACCACCCUGACCUGAGGAGGAACUGGGGAGAGCCGGUAAGAUAGACUUUUGGUUUGUCCCAAAUCGCGUACUUCCAUACUAAAUACUUAAAAUUUUGAGUAUACCCAACACAAAAUGGAAAAAAGUAUGUGAAAAAUUGAGUACACUAUCGGAUGAUAUUCUUAAAUUGGUCAAGAUUGUGAAUAUCCGACUGUGGACACUCACCCGCACUCAUUUCAUCGGAAGGCUGUGGUGCCAGUGGGUCGGCGACGGUCAACCUGGGAGCUUUGUUCAGAUAAAAGUAAUAAGUUUCCUUUUACACGUGUUCUUUCCACCAAGCACCGCCAGCGUUUAUCGUUUUGAGUCCAUUUGUGGUGUAACCUGUUUUUUGUCGAAUGCUAAUGGUAGUUAGCUAGUAGCCGCCGGGUUCUGCAGGGUUACGCGUGGCAAAUAAAAAAUAACCAGCGGGCCAGCAGAGCCUGCUCAUGGACUGUACAACCAGCGAGGCUAGCUAGCCUGUGACUGGAGGCAGAAUCAGCCACUGGGGUUUGUCUGCAGCGUAUCGUCAUUAUUUCUUUAGUUUUUGUUCUUCUGUCAUUUCUGGUGAGUGCAUGGCAGUAUGCGAUUUCAGGCAGCACUGCACCCUUGAAACUCAUGCACUGCGCGAUUGAGUAUAUAGUAUGUUUAGUACACUCAAUUUAGUAUUAAGUAUGGAAGUAUGUGAUCUGGGACACACCUUUUGUUUUCUAUGAGAGGUUCUCAUAGUUAUAUCAUCACAGAUGGCUUUAAGUGUGUAGGACAUGCAUCUGCUAGUGCAAGUUUAUGAUGCUGAAUGGUACAGGAUUUUAGUAUUAAUUCUUACCCUAAAUGACGAGAUGUUUCAAACUCUUACACAAAACUUUACUCUUGCAACUCAUACAUAAAAAUUCUUGAAUCUGUAGGAGUUAAUUUAUUCUGUGUAAAUAAGAAUAUAUAUCUUUUUAUAUACACUUUAAUUUAUUUGUUUUUAUACCACUACCACUCUACCUCCAGAAAGUGCAAUAAUACUCACCAUGCUGCUAUUUUACCCUUAGUUUUUAUUGUUUUUAUUUUUCUCAUUAAAUUGAACACCAUCAUGCUGUGAUAUGGAAGCCGAGCAACAACAUUUUGUUGCAGAGAGGAAUCACUGCUGUGUUUUAUUCUGUGCAAUGACAUUUAAAGAAAGUCUAAGUCUAAUUAAAUGUUUUCUUAGUUGGUCAGUAUGUUAGGAGUUUUUAAAGGUCUGACAAAUUUAUUGAUGUUACUUAAAAAUAAAAUUUGAUUUGAAGUAAAGUAAAAUGUUCUGAUUUCUCUUCAUGUCUUUGGUACUUUUUUGCCAGUAAAGAUGUAAAAUGGGUCUUAAAAUUUCAUCAUUACAGUCUUAAAGUAUUAAAACAUCUUAAAUUUGACUUGUUGAAACUUGCAGAGACCCUUUUUCAUCUUUGUAAACCAGACAGGUACCGCAGAUAGCUAUCACCAUUUCAAACAAUAUCUCUCACUUUGACUUUGCAAGUUUGAACAUUUUUAAUCCCAGUUUUUCAUUUGCUGAUAUUCUUUUCUCUCAAGUUUUGAUUGGUGAAGUACUUUUGAUCAAGUUUUAGCAAAUUUAAUUUUUUCUCAUUGUGUGUAGUUUCAUGUUGUGGUUGUUUGGUAAGUUACUGUCAAACUGGAUGUCGUCAUCUUGCCACAAAAUAAAUUUACCGAUGGGUACAAACUAAAGCAGCCUGAACUGAACAUCAUUGCUCUUGAGUGUUUAAAAGGAACCAUUUUGUCUUUGUUUCAGUGUCUUUUAUUACGAUUAAAAAUGCCAUUAUAAUUGUGAUUACAGAUUUUCCCUUGAAUUAAUUUAUCAAAACUGUUUGAACUUACCUGAGGUUAAUAAUGGUUGUCUCUCUUUAUUUUUAGAUGCACUGGGAUUUUGACAUGUACAUCAGGAACCGUGUUGAUACCACUCCCAGCCCUGUGCAGUGGUCUUCAGCAUGCAAACAGCUGUUUGGCUUCAUUGGCGGUGCACUGUUUUUGCUCUACCUUGGGGAGCUAUUUCCAUCUUACCACCCUGUUGUAAGUAGGGACCAAUGCUUGUAGCUUUUGGACACAUAUUAAAUGGUUAAGACUGGGUUUAAAGGGGACAUGAUUUCUGACAGUGACUUACUUUUUGCAUGCUUGCAUAAUGCAUCAUAACAACACUGAUUGUUGGACUGUUUUUGCCGCACACAAUAAUGAGUUUUGAAGGUGAAAAAUUGCGCCAGGGCUGCAUAAUAAUUUAUAAAUUUAUGUUUAUCAUAACGUGAGCUGAUACUGAUUAGUGCAGGUAUAAAAAUUUGAUUAAACUUGAAAUUUAUGAACCCAAAUGUGUCAGCCAAGUAGACCCAAUUUAGUGUAAAUUUUAACCAGCACUGACCUGUUCAUGUAGAUAUAAAUAAAGGACUUUUUGUCAUGUUUUUGCCAAUACUCUUCUUUUUUUUUUUUUUUUUUAAAUGAAAAUCAUUUUGUUCACGUAUUUUCACAAUGAAAAAUUUGACAUAGGAGCAACUUUAAUAGAGAAUCUGUAUUUAUUUUGGGCAUAUUAGUCAUUUCUAUGUCACUUUUUUAAGGUGCUGUGUAGCACUUUGUUGAAAUGGUUUAAAUUGUGUGUCUAAUUUCAAACGAAAGCAGAUUUUUAAUAAAGAAUUUUCCUCUCUUUCAGGGGCCGAAACAGUAUCCCUAUAACAACCUGUACCUGGAGAAAGGAGGAGAUCCAGAGAAACAACCAGAAGAAGAAGUCAAAAAUUAUGAAAUUUAAUGACUUAAACCUGAAUCUACUUGUGUGUAUAUAUAUUUCUGUCAAGAAUAAAGGUGUUAACAGUUAAGUUA